AGGUGGCAGCUGGGUUUUCGAUAUUUCAAAGCAAUUUCGCAGACAAGAAAAAAUGGCAAUCAUAUUUAUUUACAAAAUAGAGGUGUUUAAACUUUAAUGUGUAGCUUAAUUGAUCUGCAGAGUAGUGUGCAGGAUUGCUAAGAUGCCCUUCGUGAAGGAUCCGUGUGGAAUUGCCUGUCUAAUUGUGACUUAUAUGGCAAUUAUCUAUGCGGACUAUGUUGUGAUAAAAUGGAUCAUUCUUCAAAGUCUGCAAAAUAGCUUUUGGGCACCUAUUCAUGUGAUUCUGUUCAAUACAAUUGUCUUUCUUCUCGCCAUGUCCCACCUGAGAGCUGUGUUCUCUGAUCCGGGCACAGUGCCUCUGCCCCAGAGUCGAUUGGACUUCUCGGACAUCCACACCACGGAGAAGGGUGAGAUGGAGAAGGAAGAAUGGACAGUCUGCACGCGAUGUGAGACUUUCCGACCACCACGGGCUCAUCAUUGUCGCAUCUGCAAACGAUGUAUCAAGCGCUACGAUCAUCAUUGUCCGUGGAUCAAUUCAUGUGUGGGCGAAAACAAUCAAAAAUACUUCCUGCAAUUUCUAGUCUAUGUCAUUGUCCUGGCGCUCUAUUCAAUCGUUCUCAUUGUAAUAUCGUGGGUGACACCGUGUGAAAUGUGCUCCACUGACACUGCAGAUUCCCAAUCGCGGCUUCUGCACAGCGUUCUGCUCUUCCUGGAAUCGACUCUCUUUGGGUUGUUCGUGAUUGCAAUCAUGGUGGAUCAGAUGCAUGCGAUUCUGUACGAUGAGACGGCCGUUGAGGCACUUCAGCAGAAGGGCUCCUACCGACCCUACAGACCAAAACUUGCCCUUCUGGCUGAUGUCUUUGGUCAAGAGCAUCCUCUGCUCUGGAUGAUUCCCUGUGCCAGUCUCAAUCGCAAAUAUGACACGCCCCUUCUCAGUCAGGACAUCUAAGCUUUAAUUUUAGGUUUACCUUAAAAAGUGAUUUAUGUCCCAUACAUUAUUAAAGUUUAAAGCCCCCUCCCCGAGAUAUAAGUUCCAAUUCAACUGUUAGUCAAAAGUUUAGGGAUGGAAUAUUCUAAAAAAUAUUAAUUCUUUUCAAUUUACCUCAUUAUUUAGGACGGGAAAAUGUUUUUGUUAUGAUGCUUUGAGAUUUGAAAAAUCAGUUCAAUUUAUUUUUUAAUUUGGUUUUGCACCAAAGUCUUUUUGAGAUUACAAAAAAAUAUAUAUAUUUCAUAAAAAAUGCAAUUAUGAGGAAGAAUCAAAGUAAAAAAACUAAAGUUAGAGAAUGUAAUGCAUCAUAAAUUUUGAUUAAAUCACGUGUAUUGUAAAAAUCAAAUAAAUAUCAUUGCUUUGCAUUUUUUAUUCUGACAUUCGGACGGCAGAGAAAUUAAAAUCUUAACUCUGAAUUUGUGAGAAAGAAGUAGUACUUAUAAUGAAAAUUUUAGUAAUUCCACGGAACAUUAAUUCUCAAUUGCCCUAAAAAUUUUUGAAUUACAAAUUGUGACCUCUAUUCUGUCAUUAAAUACAAAGGUAUCAUAAAGUAAUAGAGCACGCACAAUAACUUUUGUUUUGUAAUCAUGUUUUUGAAAUUGUUAUAAAGGUCUCUGCGCAUUGUGAUAAAUUUAUGUCAAAAUGCUGCAUUUUGACAAAAAAUAUUUUACCAUGUGUAAAUGCGUCUACACAUUGGGAGCAAUUUACGUCAAAAAUUACAUUUUUGACAGAAUCUUGACGUUUUCCCAAGCCUGUAUACAUAUUAAGGUCUCUACAUCAUAUUGGGAGCAAUUUUCUUCGAAAAUUGCACUUUUGAGGGAAAUUGCCUGCACUGCUAUAGGUGAAAACGUCAAAAUUCUGUCAAAAAUGCGAUUUUUGAUGAAAAUUACUCCCAAUGUGUAGACACCUUUAGAGGCAACCUUCGUCAAAAACUGUGUUUUUGACAGAAUUUUGAGGAUUUUAUCUGUAGCAACAUCAGUGCAGACAAUUUCCUUAACAAAAACGAGAUUUUACGAAAAUAGCUCCGAAUGUUUGGAGGCUAUAGCACUGCAGGCAAUUUUAUCAAAAAACAAUAAAAUUUUUUUGACCAAAACGCUGCUAAUAAUGUAGAGGCCAAUAUGGGAUAUACCGUCGUUGCGGGUAACUGCACUUUUUUUUCGCUGUUUUUCAACUUUACUCUCUAAAAGUGGAUAGUUAAAGUGAAGAAAGGAGGUGAAUUGAUAAAAUUAUUUGUAUUCAGUUGCUAAUGAAUGAAUUUUGUGCCACUAGCAUUAAUUUAAUAAAAUUUUACUAUGUUAAAAAAAAUCAAGAAAAAAAUGCUUGCACUUUUGAUAAGGUGCGGAUGAUUUUGCACUUUUUAAUAAAUACUAAAAAAAACAACAAUUUCUGAUAGUAAACAGCAAUGAAGAUCUUCAGAUUUAAGGGUAAGAUGCAUGAGAUCUCCAAGAUGACGUGAUCGUUAUAUUGAUUUGACGUUUCUGUCUGCCAUUUUGAAUAACUGUCAAAACUUAAAACUUGUCCUACUGGGCUGAAAUUUUAGUAUGUUGUAGCUGAUGUCAAGACCUUUUCAGAAUGUAUCUAUGUUCUAGUUUACAUCAAGCCUCUACCUAGAUACAGAGGCUCAAAGUUUAAAAUUUUGUAACACUCAUAUUUUGGCGGUCUUUAUUUUUUAAUUUUCAAUAUUUUAAACCUGAACGAAAUGCCUCAGUAACCAUUAAAAAUGGUUGAGGCUUUUAUUUUAUAUAUUAAUUUACUCUUACAUAAUUUAAAAAAAAAAUAACGAAAAGUGAAUUAAUUUAUUUUUUUAUUUUUCCAUCUUUGCAGACACAGUUUUUCAAAUUCUUAAAUAAUAUACUGAUAUAAACAAAAACAUUACUUUUCUUUUUGUUUGUUUGUCAGAUCUCAUCGCCUGACAAUAGCGCUGUUUUUUUGUGAUGGUUUAGAUAAAAGAAGCUCCCGGUUGCUCUGUAUUCAUGAAAAUGUCAAAAUUUUGAACUUGGAGCCCUUGUAUCUAGACAAUUGCUUGACCUAGGUCGGAUUUUAUAUAUGUUCUGAAAAGGCCUUGACAUUAGCUAUAAUAUACUAAAAUUUCAACUCAAUCGGCUGAGAUUUUUGUUUUGACAGAAACGUCAAAUCAAAAUGGCGACCAUACCAUCUUGUAGAUCUCGGUCAUUUUAUCCUAAAUUCCCACAAAAUUGGAUAAUUUUUAGCCAAAUACUUCUAUAAUAAAGCUUUAGAAAGACUAUUAUAUGCAAUUUUAUAACAUAAAAUAAAUCGUGCGUUCUUAAGAAGAUAAUAGUGAAAAAAAAUUUAAUUAAAAUAAUGAACAAAAUCGAAGUGGAUUAUUCUAGCCAGAUAAUAUUUAGAUUGGAUUAGGGCAAUUUACUACUCUGAAACCGCUUUUGGCAUUAGACCUUCAGAUAACUUUUUCACAGAGUUUUUUUUAUUACAAAAUACCUAUAUUAGCAUUUCAUUGACUAUUACGGAAACUACAAGAAUCCUUUUAAAGAUCAUUGCACCUUACUUGGUACAUAACAUAUCCCUAUAUACUUUGACAUGGUAGACCGGAUCGGCGAAGACCAUCAAUAAAUGCUAGAAUUUAUGAAAGUCUUAGAGACAGCGGAGUGCAAAGUCACCCGCAACGACGGUACUUAGACAUAUUUACGUAAAUCACGUCAAUAUGCAUCAAAAUAUGGCAGAACAAUCAGCGCUAAAGCGGCGAGUACGUGAACUUGCACUUUAGGCUUCCGGUGGAUUUUCGAGUUUGGCUUGGCUUUGGAGAGGCUUUUUGUCUCUUCGGAAGGUUAUUACUGAACGGAGCCAAUAAGUUUUUACUCGCAAUUCAAUUCACAAAUUCAAGAAUUACCAGACUUAAAAGCCUCAAAAUUUUGAGAGUAUUAGAUACUUUUUGAUAUUGAGAGAAUACAGCGAUGCUAGCGGAAGUUUUGCGAAGCUCGCAUGUGCUAAGGUGGCAAUUGAUGUUUAUUUUAAUGUUUUAUUUUAAUUUAACUAACAAAAAUAGAAAAGAAGAAAUGUGUAAGAAUUUUCUCUGUUGUCCGAAUUGAUAAACAAAAUUUAAAAAGACAGAUUUUACCAUCAUCCCUAAAGUUCACAAAUUACUAUAAAUUCAGCUUCCAAAGUGACAUACCAUUAUUGAUAUUUUUUAAGAAAGAAAAAAAGAAGGAAUACAAUUAAUCACUGGAUGUAAACUAUUCAAUAAACUACAGUAGAAUAUCACAGGGAUAGAAAGAGAAGAGAAGUAAAGUAAAAUAAAUGUUAGACUUUUUUUCGUUAACUUUAUCAUAUUUUAUUUAAUAAUUAUUAAGAAAAAAAAACAAAAGAGAUUUAUCCUAGCAAAUAAACAACAAAAAAGACGUCACAAUUUUUCGGAGAAAACCAAUCCAAAACCUAAUCUAAUACUACAUAUAACAUUUUUAGCUUUUAUAUGUAAUGAAAAUGAUAAAAAAAACAAGAUAUAAAUGUAAGUCAAUAUACAUGUGAAAUAAUUUAUUUAUCUAUGCAAUAAAAGAAAGAGAUAAUGAGGAUAAAAGAAAAACAAUUUAGGUAGGAAAAGGGAUUAAUAGCUGGUCUAUUUUGUAAGUUUGGUCACAGGUAAAAUGGUAGGAUAAUUAUAAUUUUUUCAAUAAUUGCACGCGGAUUUCCUGAACAAACUUUGCAAUUUUAAUCAAUAGAGUCUGUGAAGUGAAAAACUAAAAGAAUUUAGUAGAGAAUACACUUUUUAAAUUACAGAAAAAAGAAUAGUCACAUUAACUUGCCAGGAAACAUUCAAUCUUAAAUGUAUCCGUUUUGCUUAAAUAGUAAGUGUUAAAAAAAGCCCAGAGAUUAAAUAUUUUAAAUAUUUAAUGGUAAAACUUUGUGAGCAUUUGGAAAAAUCUAUGCAAUUUUACAAAGUGAUUUUCUUUCAGAGUAUAAUUUUAUGAUGACUUGUGUUCAGAAAAAUUUAAUUCUAAAAUAUUGAUAUAGCUAAAUUAAAAAAAAAAAUGGUGUAAAAAUACGGUUUUUUUGUCUUGCUAAGCAAAAAUUCUAAAUUGAGCAUUACUUUACUCAACCGUAACUUUUUUUCUUAAAUUUAAUAAUUUUUCACUAAGGAAAGAUUUCAAGCUCCGCCCAUGCUGAGAAAAUAGCCACGCCCCUUUCAUUCAGAAGAUAAUGAACAAUUUGUGAAACAAUUUGUAGGUUAAAAUGACGAUCAACAUUUUUCCACAUUUCAUUAGUACCUACUUUUUGUGUUUAUGUACUUAUGCAAAACCGUUUUUAACACUUUUUUUGGAGCUGUAGCUGAUUGGUCAGUAUUUUAAUAAAAAUUGUCAGUUAACACGAAAAUUCGUAUGUCACUGAGAGAAAUCCGAAAAAGUUAAAAUAACAUUCCUGAAAUUGAUCCAAAAUCGGUGUAAAUAUUACCCUUUUUAGGUGUAUUAGGGGUUAAAGUUACCCUUUUUCAUGUUAAUUUUACCCUUACAAAGGUGUAAAAUUAACAUUAAAAAAUGUUGAUAUAUUUUUACAUCUAAAAAGUGUUGAAUUUCUGAGGAAAAAAUGUUAAUCGCACCCUCUUUUUUUUUCCUCAGUGAGUAAAACAUUAUUGGUAAAGGAAAAUUUAAAAAAUAAUUACAUAUUUUAAUUUUUAACUGGCCAAAAUGUAUUUUUUACUUAGAAAAAUAAAUACUGACCAUUUCGAAUUAGUUUCUGACCAACUUAAAUUUUACAUUUGCCAAAUUAUUAUUUUUUUUUUACUAAGAAGAACAUUAUGAGAAGUCAAAAAAUCUGCAAAACACAAUGUUUUGCAAUGUGUAGAUUUCAUCUUUCUCUUUAGCGAAGAGGUUUGUUUGAAAUUUCAGGUUAUGUUCAGAAUAACCUCAAAAUCAAAAGAAAUACUUAUCUAAAACUUUUGUUGACAUUUAGCGUCGGAAUAUUCUAAUGACCUAAUGUAAUCCUCCAGCUACUCUUGACUGAAAAAAUUCUUAGGAUAAAGAUUUGUUCGAUUUGUCAAUGGGUUAAUUAAAAAUAUUUUAGGUUGAUGAGCUUCUAACCUCAAAAAUGAACAAUAAAUUUGAUGUAGAAUUUCUUGAAUAGGUAAAAAGACCUUAAUGAUCUUUAAAUUUUAAUUAAAACUAUCAAAUUCUAAUUGUGGAAACUUAAUAUAAACUAACCAUUUUUCUGGAAUGUAUGUCAAAUUUUCAAAUGAAAGAUCUUAAAUUUUGAAUUUAUGAAAGAUAAUUUAUCUUUGAAAUUCCCGACCAUUCCAUUCGAGGUUAGGUCGUACAUAACAUUACCUGGAAUUCUAGAAAAUAAACUCAUUUCUAAAAUUUUAGGUUAAGUACGACUUAACCUUGUGUAAAAUAAGAAAUGUUUUAUACUGAUGACUUAACCUCAAAAAUUCAAAAUAAAUUCAUUGUGACAGAAUUUUUUGAAUAAAAAAGACCUUAAGAUUUUUUAAAUUUUAAAAGUAUGGCAUUCUAACCUUGAAAACAUCACAUAAGUAGCCAUUUAUUUUUUCUGGGCUGUAUCAAAUCAUUUGUAGAAUUUUAUUUAGGUUAAGUAAGGCUUGACCUUGUAUAAAUGGGUAUAAAUUGUAUAAAUAUGAAUAGCCUCCAUAGACCUUCUUCAAUGUCGUAAGUUUUUUAGAAUUCGAAUAAGGAUUUCAGAAAUUAAAAAUAUUGAAAUUUUUAGCCCUAUUUUUAAAACAUUUUCCUUGAAGAAUAUAUCAAUUAUUGCUUACUUAUUAUUCAAAAUUUAUGCGCUGAUGAUUAUUUCCUAAAUGACUUGGAUUCUUUGAAUACGAAGCCGCUAUGUAUUUUAGAAUUUUACAAAGAUUCUUUUCUCCAGAAAUCCUUUUAUUAAAAAUUACGAUUUGGGGCAAAAAGUAACAAGAACCGAAGCAAUUUCGGCGUCUACACACUAGAGAAAUUUAUGUCCAUAUUGAAUAGUUUUUCCUACACAAGCGUAGGGAAUUUACUUCAAUAUGCACAUAAAUUUCUCUAGCGUGUAAAUGCCAUUAGAGAGAUUAUUUCAUUUCGAGGUUAGGUCAGCCUUAACCUCAAAUUUCAAAAUAUUCUCAUUAUACUAAAUAAGAGACAAAAUCAAUUAUUGGAACACCAGUAGUCACAUAGAGAUAGAAAUUCUCUUGCUUUCUUUCUUGGACUCUACAAUCUUCCAAAUUCGAACAGUAUUUUCAAUAAAUAACAGAAUUUUAUGUCAAAUGGAAUAGUAACUUUAAUGCAACUACCCGUAAUUUCUCACUAAAUUUCGUGGUGUGGUAUUUUUUCAUUUUUUUUCGAUUAUAAAGUGUGCAAAUAUUCAGGAAGUAGCAGAAAAAUAUAGUUCUUAAUAAUCCACAGAGUACGAUGUUUUUAACAUAACCUCACAUUUGAUAUUUUGAAUUCGUCGUUUGAAUUUGAGAGACUAUUCAGCUAGCACAAAUGCUAAGUGAAUUCAAUUCAGUUGAAUUUUGCUAACCUUAAAACCACAUCCGCGAAACAGCGCAAUUUCCAUAUAUUUGGUUAUCACUUUAUCCGAAAACUGCUAACUAAUCAGCAUAUUUUUACUGAUUUACUCUGCAAAGACUGUAUAUCCUUAAUUUUGUAACUGACUAAAAAAAUGAAUUAUGAAGAAUUCACCGAUUUCUUUAUUCAAUAAAAAAAAUUGUUCUAAUAUUUGAGGUUAAGUAAGAUCAAACCUUUGAAGAAAAAAUCGCAAAAGAAAAUUUAUGGUGUGAUCUUCUGAAAAAUACGGAAAUUUGGGUGUCUUAUUAGGAUUAAACAAGAGAAUUAAAUAAGAAAAUACAGAAGCAUUUUAAUUAGUCAGAAUCUUUCGUGUUUUUUUUUUUGAGGUUAGAAUUUGUUUAAACUGCCAAUCAAAAAUUUCUCUAUAUUACAAAAAAAAUAUUGUGUCACACAAAAUAAUGGAACAAAAUGUAUUACAGUAGAGUUCCUCAAAUUUGAACGACUGUUGAAUUCAAAAUGUAAAAUUUGAGGUUAAGUGCAGAAAAGUUUUGCGUGGGAGUCUGAAGAACAAUAAUUUUUCUCUGGGGUUUCUUCAUAAUUAUCGUAUUACAUUAACAUUUACAACAAAUUUUAUUUAUUUCACUAUAAAAUACAUUGAUAUAUUUUCUAAAGUUAUUUUUCUUGUUUUUCUUAAUUUAUGGAAAGUGCAUUUCGCAUCAGAUCCGUUACUUUUUUGAAAAUAUUGAUCAAAUUUGAGGAACGCUACUGUAUUUACAGUAGACUCUCUCUCAAUUGGGCAUUUGGGGAAAAAUUUCAUCCGGUUUAUUGAUAGAUUUAGGCGUCAAUGCCUUUGUAAAUUCCACAAAAAGCGCUCAAUUAUAAAGAAUCACGAUAAAAUAGGAAGAACUACAGCGAAUUUGAGCGAAUUAGCUUCAUAAUUAAACGUGAAAAUCGCCAACAAAAUUUUUCGCCCGAUUGAAAAAAAGCCGAUUGAGCGAGAGUCUACUGUAGUUGAAAUGCUAUUUGGGGAUAUGAGGUUAUGUUGAACAUAACCUCUAAAAUGGAAAAAUUAAAGACAAUUCUAGAAAUUUCCCAAACUUAAGUUGUGUGUUCCCAAACUUCUCUAAAAUAAUUGGCCAGAGAAUGAUUUUGAAAUAUAAUUAAGGGAUAUACAAGGAAUAUUUUCAAUUUCAAGAAAUAUAAAAUUCUAACCUAAAAAUAUUUCAAUCUCUUUGCUAAAUUGGAGAAUGGCAAGAAUCCUGGUAAUUACCAAAUACUGGUCAAAACUUAAUUGACAAAGUUUCACGGUUAAAGAUUUGCCAAUUGUUAAUGGUGAGUGUCUUUGAUUUUUAAGGUUAGACUUAACAUAACCUUAAUAUACGAAUUUUAUCAUAAUAUUGUUCUUCUUGUGUUAAAAACGUUACAUUGAUACACCAAAACACUGAUUUAAAUUUCGAAAAAGUCAUAUAAUAUUAGUAGUUCAAUAAUAAUGGAAAAGUUGACUCUAUCGGAGUCCUUAGAGUAAAAAAAUAGCUAUUGACUCUAUUGGAGAUUGACUCUAUCGAGGUCCCACUGUAAUUCUUAAUUCAGCAAUUCCAAAUUCGAAAUAUCCCUUUAAAAUUCGGGAAUAUAUAUUCCAAAGGGGCGUGGCCUAAAUUUAUUUGCAAUUUUCUAGUGAAAUAUAUUUGCAUAAAAAAGAAGUUAUUUUUAAGUCAAGUAAUGCCAAUAAUAUUGUAUUUAUAAUGCAAUUCCAAGUAUUAGUAAAAAAAAAUCCUAAUGAGGAUUAAUUGCUUGAAAUACAUAAAUACUAAAAAUAAAAUGAUCGUCCAAUAAGUUUAUUCAAUUCGAGUUCAAUUGGAAACAAAUUAGAAAGAUUUUUAUUAGAGGCAUAACAACCCAAAAGACUGAAAAGAUUGACUUACUGGACGAUGGAUUUUGUUGGUAUUUCGGGCAUUUCAGUGAAACAAAUUGUGCUUUAUCUUUUAUUUUUUGUUUUUUAAAUAUUAUAAUUAUUUAAUUAUUUGUCUUGUAAAACCAGACACAUUGCAUAAGUGUGUAAUCUUAUGAAGAAAAUAUACAUGAUUGUUUUAUAAA